AUGGCGCAGACUGUUCAGAACACCGUACCUGCCCCUGACCUAGGCAUUCCUCUGUCUCCCCACACCGUUGAUGUUUCCAUCAUCAACACCAACAGCACCGUCCAAGGGGUUUCGGCCCAUCUAUUUUUCACCCCGCCCCUGCAAGGUUACGACUGGCUGGGGGUGCCCGUCUUCUCCUUCUUGAUACAGCACCCAGGGCUGAACCGCUCCCUGAUCUUCGACCUUGGCAUCCGCAAGGACUGGGAGAAUCUGAGCUCACCAGUCCUGUCGCGGAUCAAAGGCGGAGGAUGGACUCUGCGCGUAGAGAAAGACGUGCACGAGAUUCUCGAGGAGGGAGGGGUUAAUCCGAACAGUAUCAAAGCCAUCGUCUGGAGCCACCAUCACUUCGACCACACCGGCGACCCCAGCAAGUUUCCCCCUUCCACCUCGCUCAUCGUCGGACCAGGCUUCACAAAGGCCAUGCUCCCAGGCUAUCCGAUAAACCAGAACUCACCCAUCCUCGAAAGCGACCUGGCCAACCGCGCCCUCAUCGAGCUGGAUUUCUCACCAGAAGAUAACAACUCCGGACCCUUCAGGGCCCACACCAUAGGCCGCUUCCAGGCACUAGACUACUUCGGCGACGGCUCCUUCUACCUCCUCGGCACGCCAGGCCACACAACAAGCCACAUCGGCGCCCUCGCCCACCCAGACUCCUUCAUCCUUCUCGCCGGCGACGCAAUCCACCAUGUAGGCGAGAUCCGCCCAAGCCAGUACCUCCCCCUGCCCGACCAACCCUGCCCGGAGUCGAACCCGCACCCGCUGGACUCGCAUUACCCUUGUCCCUGCGGCGAGGUCUUUGAAGACGCCAUCUUCCGCGGGCGGGGCCGUGCGAAGGACCAGCCGAUCUGGGACCCGGUCGGACUGAAGGAAGGCGAGGAAUCGUUGCAUGAUGGCGCUCAUGAGGUGAUGCAUACCGCAGAGAAGCUGCAGGCGUGGGACGCGCAGGAUCAUGUGCUCCUUGCCGCGGCACAUGACGAGUCGCUGUUGUUUGAUGAACGAGUUUGUGGAGCAUGCCUUUGGGUGAGGCAGAGGUGGCGGUUUUUGAGGGACUUUGCGCGGCCGGUUGGGAAGGAAGACCAUGAGGUUGUGAGGAGACGCGAUUGGGGUCCUCCUGGACAUGAGAAUGCGGGGGAGAAGGGGGAGAAAGCGUAA